AUGCGACUCUGUGACGCAUCGUCAGUUUGUCUGGGCCUCAGCAUGGAGGAAAUUCAGUCUGUUCGGACGAGCGGAUCAAUCAGGGAUCUACUCGUCGCACUCGGUGGCUCGGUACGCCGUCUCAUUGUUGACCUGCCCUAUCGCAGAAUUGCGCAGGAGCACACCAUCGAUGUCCACAUAGAUGCCUUAUUCUCUGAGGGUCUACGAGCACUCACCAAUCUUGAAGAGUUUACGACAUUGGGCGGUCUACCUUCCCUGGAGUUCUGGAGAGAAGGGUUUGACAUCAGUCAAAUGUGGCCAAGGCUGCGUCGAGUAGCUGGUUUCAAGAACAACCUGGCUGAGGAAGCGCUUUGGUCCAACGUCGCCAGAGAUCGCACUAUCGAACAUCUUGUACUAACCAUGCCAUAUAUUUUGCGCCAAGAUAAGUGGAACAUCAAAAAGUCAAUUGGUGGGAAAGAAUGGAACACGGAAGAAGGUGGUGACUCUACGCAUGCUCGACCUCUCAAAGUUGUCGUUGUACAGCAUGAGUAUACUCACCCGAUGCUCGACAGAGAAGAUGAAAACCUACACGAUCCCGAGGGGCUCAUCGAUUUGUCUAUAUAUGAGAUACCCGUCAUUGCAAAAAGGGUUGACUGGUUAUGUAAGGAUUGGCUGGUCAGGUCAGCCAGAGACGAUACUCUCUGGGGAUGA